CUAGGGUGCGUUGGAAAAAAAUAAAUGCAUUGCGACUGUCACACCUGUGCAUGACAACAUCGACUGUGUAGCUUUCUCGUCUCGUGAUGAUUUUUUCGAAGCUCACGAGGGCCGCCGUUGGCUUUGGCGUGCGACACAUUAGUGUCUCUCAGAAAUUUUGCGGCCUCAACGACGGCAAGUAUAAGUGGAAGCAGCAGUUCGCGCGGCUCAUUGGCAACCGCGAGCAGGUUGGCUAUGGCUGGUGCGGCCAGCCAUGGUAUGAGGACACAGCUUUGUUCCCAUUCCCGGCCAUCAGAUACAAGGAGCCCACGCCCGAAAUAAAGGCUCUUCGUGAGAAGGAGAAGGGCGACUGGAAAGAGUUGACCAUUGAGGAGAAGAAGUGUUUGUAUCGUGCAAGCUUCUGUCAAACAUAUUCCGAAUUUCAAGCCACCACUGGUGCGUGGAAGACAAUCGUGGGAGGUGCUCUCAUACUGAUAUCGUUGGGACUCUGGCUGAAUGUUUUCAUGUAUCACUUCGUUUACAGCCAAACUCCUGUACCGAUAUCGUUCGACGAUGAACAUGUUAGAGCGCAAAUGCGUCGUCAAAUUGAUCUGCACACGAAUCCGGUGACGGGCAUCGCUGCCGAUUGGGAUUACGAAAAGGGCGAUUGGAAAGAACCGAACAAGUGGAGGCAGCUGCCAAACCCUUUCAUUGACCCUUGCACUGGCGAAACCGUUUGCAACAAUUAUCGCGAAUAACUCUACCUACUAUUGUAUUUUGACGUAUAUAUAAAAUUAGUUUUUGGGACAAAUAGAAAAAAAUUGCCAUUUUGAUAA